AGACUGAAGCUCCUCUUGCGCCGAUCAAGAACAGACUUCUCCACCCUGCGAGGGAUCUACACUUUAAAACCAAAACCAUCCCACAGAAGAAGUGAAGAGGGGGAGAGAAGGGAAAAAAAAACACCCGGCUGCUGGCUUUGAUUUCCUCUCUCCUUGCACCGGUUUCCUCUCCGAGCUCGUUCGCGAUUCUGAUCUCUGCAUGAAAAGUCAAGCGGAAAGUCUCGCAGCAGCAUGCCGAGGAGAAAGCAGCAAGCGCCGCGGCGGUCAGCAGCCUAUGGACCUGAAGAUGAAUUUAUGGUGGGCAAGACUGAUGAGGAAGAACAUCUGCAGGACGACGGCCUUUCCCUUGAUGGUCAAGAUGCCGAUUACCUUUUCAAUGACGACGAAGACGCAAGAGAUCAUUACAGCUGCCAAAACUCUCCACUCAGCAAUGGCACUAACCCAGACGCCGGGUACGCUUCCCCACUCAGCACCACCAGUGAUCAGCUGGUCGACCUCAAGACCACCUCCUCACUCAGUGAUCAGGAAAGGGUAGAGGACAAAGUGGGGGAAAGUACCGAGUCAGUCAACGGGUUGUCUCUGCAGGACAGCCUGGAGAAAAUGAAAGCCGUCUAUGCAAACCUGAUCUCCGAUGCAUCCUGGUCAAGCAUUGCUCUGGACAUGCUGAAAAGUAAACACGGGAAACAUUUUGCAGCUAGCAACAGCAGCGGAGCUAAUCACAAAGGCAGCAAUGGGUUUCUGAACAGUCACAGCCCAGGCAGCGUCCAUGGGAAGAACAGAUGUAGCAGUACCAACACCUCAGCCACUACUAACGUUACCACCAGCAAUACCACUACAAGAACAGUGUCGAGCAACAGCAACAGUGGCAACAAUGUAAGUUCUGGCAGCACGGGAGGAUUAGCCUAUGACUGGCAUCAGGCAGCUCUGGCUAAAACCCUGCAGCAUACCCCAUACCAACUCCUUCCUGAGCCCAGUCUUUUUAGUACCGUGCAGCUUUACAGGCAAAACAAUAAGCUCUAUGGCCCAGUGUUUACUGGAGCCAGCAAGUUUAGGUGUAAGGACUGCAGUGCAGCCUAUGACACUUUGGUUGGCCUCACUGUACAUAUGAAUGAGACAGGCCACUACCGUGACGACAACAAAGAUACAGAAGACGAUCGAAGCAAAAAGUGGUCCAAACCACGCAAACGUUCUUUGCUGGAGAUGGAAGGUAAAGAGGAUGCCCAGAAAGUUCUAAAAUGCAUGUAUUGCGGACACUCUUUUGAGUCCUUGCAAGAUCUCAGCGUUCACAUGAUCAAAACAAAACACUAUCAGAAAGUGCCUCUAAAAGAACCCAUGCCAGCCCUUACCUCAAAGCUGGUACCCCCAACCAAAAAAAGAGCAUUUCAAGACUUGAUGUCUCCGAGCUCCCCAGAGUCUGUCUCAUCUGGCAUAGUCUUGGGAGAAUCUCUCAAAGACCAAAAAGUGGCCAAUCCCUAUGUCACACCGAACAAUCGAUACGGUUACCAAAACGGUGCCAGUUAUACUUGGCAGUUUGAGGCACGAAAGGCACAAAUUCUCAAAUGCAUGGAGUGUGGCAGUUCACAUGAUACCUUGCAGCAACUGACGGCUCACAUGAUGGUCACAGGACACUUUCUUAAGGUCACAAAUUCAGCUUCCAAAAAAGGCAAACAGUUGGUGUUUGAUCCUGUAAUUGAAGAGAAAAUUCAGUCAAUCCCUUUGCCUCCCACUACCACCCGCCUCCCAGCACCCAAUGGAAAGUCUCAGCCUGACUCUCCACUGCCGCCCUCCAGCCCCGAGGAGAAAAAUGAAGAAAAGAAAGAUGAAGAAGCAGAGGAGGAGAAAAUGGAGGUCAGUGAAACUGAGAAAAAAAUUAAAGAAGAGAAAGAGGACUCCCCCGAAAAAGUUGAUAAGCCUGGAAAAGCCAGAUCUUACCAGUAUCUUACAGAAGAGGAUUUAGAAGAGGCACCUAAAGGUGGGCUGGACAUCCUGAAGUCUUUAGAGAACACAGUUUCAAGUGCGAUCAGCAAGGCUCAAACAGGAACGCCAACCUGGGGUGGAUAUCCCAGCAUUCAUGCUGCCUACCAGCUCCACGGAUCAUUAAAGCCUACGUUGGCCACGAGUCCGCAGGUCCAACCUUUAUUCAGUAGCACCAAUUUGAAGGCAAUGUCAACUGAUUUAGGCUCUUUAAUCCAUUCGCCCAACAGUCCUUCUCCACCUCCAAGUCAGAGAAGUAAUGUGUUAGCUAUGGAGGAGCUUGUUGAAAAAGUGACUGGAAAAAAUUCAGUCAAGAAUGAAAAAGAGGAAAAGCCCAUUGAGAACAAGUGUAGAUCUGCAAAGUCUCCGCUGCCAAAUCCUAAAGACAAAGCUGUUUCACCCAAUCCAGAAACCCUCUCAAAAGUAGUGAAAAGCACAGUCGAGGAUCAGGCUGAGAUGAGAGACAAUGAAGGAGGGCAGCCAGAGGGCAAAAUAGAUAUCCAGAUAAAGAGUGAAGUUGAUUCACCAAAAAAGACUGUGAGCAACGGCUGCAGUAACCUGAGCAUCAUCACAGAUCACUCACCUGAGCAACCUCUCGUCAAUCCUCUCAGUGCUUUGCAGUCGAUCAUGAACAACCACUUAGGGAAAGCUUCAAAAGUGUCCACGUCUUUCGUAGACCCCUUUUCAAUGCUUUACAAGAUCAGCAACUCUGCUCAGGUGAAGCAAGCAGACCCCACAAAUCAGUACCACAGUGAAGAGGAUGAUCAGCCUAUGGACUUGACAAAAUCCAAAAACAAAGAUGGAGGUACGGCGAAGAGUUCUCCAGCCACACCAAACACCAACAUGAACAACACCAAGCCAGUUUUCAAAACUUUCUCUCAGUCAUCCUCUCCACCGUUGAGGGAGAAUGCUUUGAUGGAUAUAUCGGACAUGGUGAAAAACCUGACAGGCCGUUUGACACCAAAGUCUACGACCCCGUCUUCAAUCUCUGAGAAGUCGGACCUCGAUGGCUGUACUCUGGAGGAUGGAAUGGAGGAGCUGUCUCCUAUCCAAAGACGGAAAGGCCGUCAGUCGAACUGGAACCCCCAGCACCUCCUGAUUCUCCAGGCUCAGUUUGCUUCCAGUCUUAGAGAGACUCCCGAUGGAAAGUUUGUAAUUAAUGACUUGGGACCCCAAGAACGGGUCCACAUCUGUAAAUUCACAGGUCUGUCGAUGACCACUAUCUCACAUUGGCUGGCCAAUGUAAAAUACCAGCUAAAGCGGACAGGAGGCACAAAGUUCCUGAAAAAUAUUGACUCUGGCCAACCUCUGUUUUUGUGCAGUGACUGCGCCUCCCAGUUCAGGACUCCCACAUCCUACAUACACCACUUGGAGUCCCACCUUGGGUUUACCCUAAAGGACCUCUCAAAACUGUCCAUAGACUUACUAGAGCAGCAGGCAUUUGGCAGAAUAGAGGACAAGACUUUUACUUCCUCUGGACUUACUGAAGAAGACACUGGCUCAGUUUAUCAGUGCAAAAUGUGCAAUCGGACAUUCGUGAGCAAACACGCAAUCAAAUUGCACCUUUGCAAAACACACGGAAAGUCGCCGGAGGACCAUCUCAUGUUUGUGAAAGAGCUAGAAAAGUUCGAUAAACAAUGAAGUCGGAUAACCUUGAUAGCAUGACAGAUUACUGUUGCACUAUAACUCUAAGCUACAAUCUGUCAUAACACAUAGUGCCACAACCGUAAAUGAGCAUCGUUAUGACACAUGCAAACGUGGGAGCUUUAAUACCACAAACUUAAAUUACUCAGUUAAUUCUCGUCCACAUUGCUAUGGUUUAAUAUUUCGGUGAAAACUGUACCAAAUUGGUGCAGCAGCCAUGGCACUAUAUAGUCAUUGACUGAUUGUUGCUUUUCUAAUGCACUGCAUCUUAACUGAGCCUUUAGGAAUAGUCUGUUGUUUAAAAACUGGACCAUGCUCUUACUUCGAUCACUGCUUUUGAGUAAUUUUUUUUUUUUUUAAGAUGAAUAUAUUUCAACACAACUUGCAUAUUAUUUAUGAGACAGUUUGUGCAUGUUUUUAUGUAAAGCAGUGAAUAUAUAAUGUCUACGGAAAUUUCAAACAUGACCAAACUGAUAUCCCUGUUUUGUCAAAUUUAAAUUUCGGAUACAGCUGUUUAUAUCAAAGUCUAUAAGAAAAAGAUGGUAUUCUAAAAUGCUAAGGAAAUCGCAGCACUUUAAGUAAGUGUAAACUAAUGAAGAAAUGUAUGAGUAAAAUGAGCAACAUGUGACCCCUUUGAGUUUUAAUUCCCUUGAUCGACAUUACGGGAGCGCGUUUCUGUUCGUCUAUAAAUCCCACAAAUUUCUAUAAAGACUUUAGAAUCUUUGUUUCUCUAAAAGUAUUAUUUCCUGGUUGUUUCAAUAUGUACAGUAUUUGCUUUAGUAGGCUACCAAUUUUGUUAUUGUGGAGCUACAGUUGUAAAGUUAAUGAAGUUUAAAACUUAUUGUAUGAAUAAUCAGCAAGUAUGUAUACAUGUACGUCAGCAUAUCUUGCUCUUUACAGUUCAACAUUAUUUGUACUGUGUGCAUUUUUACAAUGUUAUUUUCUAGACAAAUGUGGUUGGGUUGGGGAUGUAUAAAGCUACAGAAUAAUGUUGGACUGCAGAGUCCUUUUCUUUCUUUUCUUUCUUUUU